AAUCACCCCGGACACAUUAGUACGUGACACACACCAGCAGAACCACCAUGUGGAAGGCGUCGCGCUGUCUUCGCAGUUGAAGCCUCGAUGGUUUAAAUUGUUGUUGAUUGCAUUGUACGGUCAUAAUGAACGUACUUGUUUCGAUAUAAUUAAUAUAGUGUUGCAACUAUCUAUGUUAUUAUUGUUAACUCAAUAUAACUACAUCUCGUUGAAAAAUGGGGAAAUCAAAGACCAAGAACCAAAAGAAGUCCAGAGCCACAGCUAACCAUGUGGCCGAGGAGAUCUACGGAGCUAUCCCCCACUCCUUCGUGUUUAACCGGGGACAGAUCGGGAAAAACGUGGGUCAGCUCAUCGAGGAUAUGCGGAGAGUCAUGGAGCCCUACACUGCGGAGUCACUGAAGGUUAGGAAAAAGAAUGUGCUGAAAGACUUUGUGGCUAUUGCAGGACCUCUGGGAGUAACACACUUCAUGAUAUUCAGCAAAACUCCCACCUGUGUAAACCUGAGACUGGCACGACUUCCGAAAGGUCCGAUGCUUAAUUUCAAAGUAGUCAAGUACUCCCUUGUCAAAGAUGUGGUUUCAUCUCUGAAGAAGCACAGGAUGCACGAUCAGCAGUUCACACAUCAUCCUCUAUUAAUCCUCAACAACUUUGGAUCUGAUGGCAUGCACGUUAAACUCAUGGCCACCAUGUUCCAGAACAUGUUUCCUUCCAUUAAUGUGCACAAGGUAAGCCUCAACAAUAUCAAGAGGUGUGUGCUGCUGAAUUACAACCCAGAGACCCAGGAAAUAGAAUUCCGUCACUACAGCCUGAAGGUUGUCCCUGUGGGAAUGAGCCGUGGAGUCAAAAAGCUGAUGCAGGAGAGGUUCCCCAACAUGGCAAAGUUUGAGGAUAUCAGUGAGCUGAUGAUGAAGGGGGCAAACCUUUCAGAAAGUGAGGCAGAGCAAGACGGGGAGCACAAUAUAACUGAACUACCACAGGUCUACUCUGGCCGAGGCAACAUGGCCUCCCAGCAGAGCGCAGUCCGUCUGACCGAGAUUGGUCCUCGCAUGAGCCUGCAGCUGAUGAAGAUACAAGAAGGCAUGGGAGAUGGGAAUGUCCUUUAUCACACCAUGAUCUCAAAGACGGAAGAGGAGAUACAGGAGAUCCUGAAACGAAAGGAGGCCCAGCUUAAACAGAAGCAGGCCCGCAGGAAAAAGCAGGAGCAAGAUGUUGCUCAUAAGAAUGAGAAACGAGAAGACCACAAGAAAAAGAGCCUGGAAGGCAUCAAGAAGAAACGUGCUGAAGAAGAGGCCGAAGAGGACAGUGAGGUAGAGGAUCCUGGGAAUCAAGAUGACCGGCCGGCUGCUGUUGAAUCUGAUGAUGAGGUGGAGUACUACAGACAGGCAGUAGGACAGGAUCCCGAUGAAGACAUGUUCCCAAGUACCAAGAGGAAGCAUAGUUCAGAAAGGACUCAUGGACCUGCAAAGAAGAGGAAAAUGUCCCCCGGUAAAUCGUUUGGAAAAGACAGAGAUUCUAAAUCGCCCAAGAGAAACGGUCCAGGAGGAUAUCGGAGAGAUGGGAACACUGGAAAGGGAUGGAAGAAAUCGGGGGACGGGGAGAAGCCAUAUGGAAGGAAAAUGAGUCCUGGUGGAAAGUCAUUCGGAGCAAAGAGAACUGGCGAUAGGGAAUCAUUUGGUGGGAAGAAGAGAUUUGAAGGGAACAAAUCGUUUGGUGGAAACAAAAAUAAGGACAGAUCUUUCGAUUCUAAAGGUCCAAAAAGCAGUUCGGCCUUUAGGAAGAAAGGUGCAGGAGCAAAGCAAGGCUUCAAACAGAGGAAGGGAAAAGGCUCUGAGAUCAAGAUGGAGAAGAACUCCUUUCACUGUGGGGCGUUUCAAGUGGCUCUGCUGCCCUCGAUGUAUGGGGUGGAGUUCAUCGUGGCCCUGGCAGGAAACAUGUUUGCCCUUUGGCUGCUGGUGGUCAGAGAGAAAAGGAACUGGCACACUGGGGUGGUCCUGUCCUGUAACCUGGCCAUCAGUGAUCUGCUGUAUGUCCUGACCUUGCCUUUGCUGAUAGUCUACUACUCCCUGGGGAAACACUGGGUGUUCGGUGAUGCCUUGUGUAAAAUGGAGAGGUUUCUUUUCUCCUGUAACCUGUAUGUAAGCAUCUUUUUCAUCAUGGCGAUAAGUGUGAACCGAUGUGUGGCCAUCGCUUGUCCCUUCUUCACCCGGUCCUAUGUAGAGCCUGCCCACGCCAAGGUCGUCAGUGUCAUCAUCUGGAUUGUUGUGGGAGUCAUUUCCUGCCCUGAGUUGAAAUUUGCCUCAGUUAACUUCAAUAUGCAGUUUGUGCACAAUAACAACACUCUGUGUGUGUCCGCCUUUCGCAAGGAUGGACGUCCUUACUUCUACUACAAAAUAUUCCUUGCUGUGUUUGGUUGUGUUCUUCCCUAUGCUGUUACUUUCACUUCCUACUGUGUGUUUAUUUCAGUGAUUUGGAAAAAUGUCAGUAUAACCACCCUGGAGAAACGCAAGAUAGGCCUGUUGGUCGGAUCAGUGAUUGUGCUGUAUGCCAUUUCAUUUGUGCCUUACCACAUCCUUCAAAUCUAUCACUUGUAUCUGAAAAUCAAUAAACAAACAAACUGUUGGGUGUACGACAUGUAUCAGGUGUCCAAGGGACUUGCAACUCUGAACAUGUGUAUCCAUCCCAUCCUAUACAUGGCUUUGUUUGACAGUAUAAGAGUAGCAUGUUGUGGGAAGAGCUCAGAGGAAAAACAGCUGGGGGUGAUAAGAAAGUAGAGCUGCUGAUGCUUGAUAAUCCACACAAUGUCAUGCUGUAAAACUAGCUUUUAUGUUGUGCGUUGUUAAUGCUGACAUUUCUUUUUAUAUUAACUUUGAAACAAAAAUAAAUCAUCUGAAAUAAAGAAUGA